UGCCAGCAGUGUCAAUGAUGUGCUGGAAGAAGAGAGACAGUGAGGGAAACUUGAUCUUUGCAAGACCACGUUCAACCCGGAAUGUCUCAAAUCAGGCUGGCUGCAGUCGUAACACUGAUCCCCCCGUUGCUGCUCCUGACUGUGAUCUGAUCUUUGCUCCAGCUAUCGCUCCAGAGACUGUUGAGGGGUUUCUACGAGAUCUCCAGCAGUCUCUGAGCGAUACUACAGGAGAUGAGGUGGUAGCACAAACCCCAAGUGCUUCUCUGCUGGCAUCGACCAACUGGAGCACUCGAAAAAGUUUUUUUUCAGAGAGCUGGAGGGCAGCGAGACCACAUCUAGUUAACACCGUAGUGGCCCAAGCAAAUGUGGGAACACACAUUUGCCAACAGUGUUGGGGCAAAACGUCUGUUGUCCGGUGCCGGGAUUGCCGACCACAUCCCUUCUUCUGUGCUGACUGUGAUGUCAGCAUGCACACCAGACACCCCCUCCACAACAGAGAUGCUACUACUGCAGGUUACUUCCAGCCAUUGGCCCCAACAACACAUGUACUAAAUAUGGCCCUUUGCUCCUGUGUGCGGUUUGUACCUGUGGAGAUCCCGGACAAAAUCUGUGGUUGUGCAUCAGAGUCGUUGAGCCUCAAGCCAGGAAAGACUGUGACUGUGAUCACAAUGAAUGGACGACAUGAGCUAAGCAUGCCAGAGUUGGCUUGUGAAGCAUGCGCUGUGACAUGGACGACUGGGGUUGACGACCUUCUUCGGAGUGACUACUGGCCAGCUACCCUUCACUUCGCCACCAUUUAUGCCACAGAUGUUUUCUUCUCAUUUGAAGAAAUGAAAAUGGCUGCACCUGGACUAUCCUUUCAGGCAUAUUUAAGGAUGCUCGAUCAGCGAACGUUGCGCUUCGGCCGUACUGGGAAGAUCUCAACUGACAGCUUCAUCAAAAGUUUCUUUGAGUGGGAGGCUGUGCGUUAUGAGGUGGACAUCAUGUGCAAGGAGGAGCCCUUCACCUGUCCUGCGUGUAGCCCUGAUAUGCUUGCAGUUUCCGUGGAUGGAAACCGCAAGCAUUACCGUUUCAAGAAUGCAGCUAGAUCUGAGGAACAGGCCAUUUUUGACGGUGUCUUUAUAGCCAGGGAUGAAGACGUCUCAAGAUUUGUGGACUAUAUACACACCACAACCAAACAUGUCUCCGGAAGAGGUGUUUGUGGAGGACAGUGGUCGGCAGCCAGAGAGACCUCCCAAAAAUCAGCCGGCAAGCUGGAUGAGGAGGGACUAGAGCUUGCCGUCUGUCGACAUGGAGUGCUCCUCUGUGCUCUCAAUAUGUACAGGGGAGAAAUCUUUGCUUAUCCCCUGUACCUACAGAAAAAGCUGGCCAGUAGUAUGUUCUUUUGCAUGGAUGUGACCUGCAAAUAUUGGCCCUACCUCCAGAGAAUCACAAAAAGCUGUCCAGAGCUCCAGCAUCUUCUCGACAUGAAGCCCUUUCUCUCAGUGUUUCAUGCCAAAGCGCAUGACUUCAAAUGUGAAGUGAAAUGGAGUGGGGCAUAUCAAGAGGGGGCUGGACUAACCCUAGGGGAGGAGGUGGAACAGGUCAAUGCCUUCCUCUCUCGGAUAGCAGUGACCACAAAACACAUGUCAAAAGCAGGACGUACAGACAUGCUGACGCUGAUGGCCAUGCGCUGGAAUCAGCAACAAGUCAGCAACUUGGCCACCUCACUGUCCCGCAGAUAUCUGAAGACCACAAAAGCUCUGGAAAAGCAAUUGCAGAACCUGGAGUCCAUGAAGGCUGAGUUGGCAGUGACUGAAAAGCAGCUGGAAGACUGGGUCAGAGAUGUGAAUGAGUGGGCAGUGAGUGAAAAGCAGCUGGAAGACUGGGUCAGAGAUGUGAAUGAGUGGGCAGUGACUGAAAAGCAGCUGGAAGACUGGAAUUAG